AUGGGGCUGAUACACAAGCUUGGAGGUUAUCCUCGCCUCAUAUUGGCUGGAAAUCCUACACGGCUUGAUGCUGGGAUGCUCUUCUGUGGAACAGUGUGCGCAAUAGCCUCCGGUGUUCCGUUCCCAUUGAUUGGGGUUAUCUUCGGUCAACUCCUCAACGACUUUAAUGCAGCGACGUGUGCCGAAACUGAAGAGUCUGGGUCUGCCUCAGAUCUCCAGGGUGGGAUCAAUAGCAAGAUACUCACAAUAUUCUAUCUGGCAAUUGCGCAAUUUGUCCUAAUAGGUGCCCAUCUCUUCUGUUGGAGUACGUACGGUGCUCGGUUGGCGCAAAGACUUAGGGAACGCUAUCUCCAAAACCUCCUUCGACAAGAGCCUUCGUAUUUCGACAAUUUACCUCCCGGAGAAGUCGCCUCUCGAAUAAGCGCAGAUAUCCAGACAAUACGCUCAGGCACAUCUGAGAAGGUGGGAAUAUGUCUCGCGAGUGUAUCCUUUUUUGUAACGGCAUACAUCGUUGCUUUUGUCAAAGACCAUGACCUGGCUGCCAUGUUGAUCUCACUAGUUCCGGCGUAUUUCUUGAUGUCUUUUGUUGGAAGCCACUUCAUCGAGAAAUACGCCGGGCUGAUGUCCGAUUAUGCCGCCACAGCUGCUUCAAUUGCCUCGGAGGCCCUUUCCAAUAUCACCGUUGUGCAAGCUUUUGGUGCCAACGCCCGCCUGGAAGAGAAGUUCUCCGAUGCUCUUAAAUCGUCAAAACGAGAAGGCUUGAAGAAGGCUCUGGCUAUCGGAAUUCAAUCUGGAGUGCUGUAUUUUGUCGCUUAUUCUGCAAAUGCCUUGGCCUUUUGGCAGGGAAGUAAAAGUAUCGCGGAUUUGGUCAGCCACAAGUCUGGCGGUGUCACAGUCGGUUCCACAUUCACAGUGAUUUUCAUUCUAGUCGAAGCUACAUUACUCUUGAGUCAGGUUGCGCCGUUUGUUCACCUCUUCAUGGCGGCUGUUGCUUCUUUCGAGAAGCUUCGUGAGGAUAUGGAUCGUGAACCGUUGAUCGAUGGCACUUCCACUUCCGGUCUUACACCAACCCAAGUGGCGGGGUAUUUUGAACUCAAGAAUGUAUCGUUCACUUAUCCUUCCAGGCCAGAGAUUAUCGUCCUCGACCAAGUCAACAUCUCUGUUCCCGCCCUGAAGCAUACAGCCAUUGUCGGUCUUUCUGGUAGUGGCAAGUCUACAGUUGCGAGUCUCGUGACAAGAUUGUUUGACCCUACCGAAGGAGAGAUCUUACUUGACAACUACAACAUUAAAGAUCUCAAUACCCGCACUAUGAGAAGCUUCAUAAGCCUGGUCCAGCAGGAACCAUCCCUACUUGAUCGUUCGAUUUUAGAAAACAUUGCGCAUGGCUUGGUUAAUUCCACAGAGGAACGUGGCCCUCAAGUUGUCAAAAUCGUUGCCUUAGCUCGAAACGCGGCAGUCCUUGCAGAUGCAGAUUCAUUCAUCGAAAAGCUACAAUAUGGAUAUGCUACACUUGUGGGAUCGAGUGGUCGACUCAUUAGUGGUGGCCAAAAACAGAGAGUAGCUCUAGCAAGAGCCCUUGUCAAGGACCCUGCUGUUCUGAUCUUGGACGAGGCUACCGCGGCUUUAGAUUCACGAAGCGAACAGAAAAUCCAACAGGCUAUUUCCAAGAUUGCGGGUGGCAGGACCAUACUCACCAUUGCACAUCGCUUGUCAACUAUUAAAAAUGCAGACAACAUCAUAGUCAUGCACAAGGGACGAGUUGUGGAGGAGGGAAGCCAUUCGGCCUUAAUGGAGAAAAGUGGCGCUUAUGCCGACCUGGUUAAGCUGCAAACACUGGCAACUACAACCGAUGGGAACGAAGCCGCCAGCUUAAGAGGCGAUUCUGGCAAACUGGAUGGCACAUCAGUCACUGAUCUCGAUGUCGUCUCUGAAAAGGGUGGUACUCAGGAUGCAGAAACCUCUUCCCCCCGGACAGAAGAUGAACCCGAAACUCCACCCAUGUCUUUCUGGGCACUACUCAAAGGAUACGCGCCGGCAUUGAGGCCACACGUUCUUAUGGUGGCAGCUGCACUUGUCGGCUCUACUAUCGUCGGUGGUGCAUUCUCUGGCGAGGCCGUAAUAUUUGGAAACACUGUGGGUAGCUUGGACAUUUGCAAAAGCCCGUCGAGUAUUCGAUCAAGCGGCAACUUUUAUGGGCUGAUGUUCUUUGUUCUCGCCAUCAUCGAGCUAUUUGCCAACAUCGUCAGUUGGACUGGAUUUGGAUGGGUCUCUGAGCAAAUUGUUUACUCAGCGCGAGUUUUGUCAUUCCGCUCGCUGUUCGAGCAAGAUCUCCAGUGGCACCAAUCUAACGGGCGGACACCUGCUUUACUUCUCUCCUAUAUUACCAGGGAUGGCAGUGCAUUAGCUGGACUUAGUGGCUCUGUCAUUGGCACCCUAUUUUCGAUUACGAUUAACCUCAUCGCGGCAAUCGUCUUGACGCAUAUUAUUGCGUGGAAAAUUGCACUUGUUUGCCUAGCAUUGGUGCCUCUUCUUCUCGGAGCCGGCCUAAUGGAGCUCCGCGUUCUUGGCAACUUUGAGGAGCGCCACGAGAACGCGUACAGCAAAUCUGUCGAUAUUGGCACGGAAGCAAUUGCAUCCAUAAAGACAAUCUCGUCGUUGUCUCUUGAACACGAGACGCUAAAUGUUUAUCGGCGAUCACUCAAAGGCCCGCGUCAAGAGACCUUCAAAGUCACUCUGCAAGCAAGCUUUUGGCAAGCCCUUACCUACUUCCUUGGAAACUGCGUGAAUGCAUUGGCCUAUUGGUGGGGAUCAAAACAGAUUCUCGCAGGUACCUAUACACAAACCCAAUUCCUCAUCGUCGUCUUCUCUCUUCUUGUCAGCGCAAUGCUAUGGAGUCAAAUGUUUGCCCUUGCUCCGGAGCUUUCUAGUGGCAGGGCUGCAAUGGCAAGGAUUUUGAGCCUUAUCAAUAUGGGAUCGGCAAAAAUGCAAGGGGAUCCUCAACUUAUGCAGUCAAGCACGGGGCCCUCAGCAGAGAAAGAUCUCGAGUUUCGCAAUGUACACUUCUCAUAUCCUGCUCGUCCAAAUGUCGAGGUGCUGAGAGGAUUGAGCAUGGAAAUUCCUGCCGGUAGUUUUUGUGCUCUCGUGGGUCCAAGCGGAGCGGGCAAGUCUACAAUAAUUUCACUGGUCGAACGUUUGUACACACCGCAAUCCGGAUCCGUUGUAAUAGACGGCUUCGAUGUGACAGCUAGCCGUGGUGUAUCCUUCCGUGAUACAAUCGCUUUGGUGCCACAAGAAAAUGUGCUGUUUGAAGGAACUAUCGAGUUCAACAUCGCUCUUGGCGCUAGACCAGGACAAGUCGUCUCGGCAAAGGAGAUUGAAGAGGCGUGUAAACUCGCCAACAUCCAUGAUGUUAUUCAAGAUUUACCCAAUGGCUACCAGACUCUUUGUGGACCUAAUGGUAACCAAUUUUCGGGUGGUCAGAAACAAAGGCUUUCGAUCGCAAGGGCUCUCGUUCGUAAACCUAAGCUUCUCAUUUUAGACGAGCCGACGAGUGCGCUUGAUGCUGAAUCAGAAAGGCUAUUGCAAGAUGGUCUUGAGAAGGCAACGAAAGGAAUCACCGUGAUCGCAAUUGCGCAUCGCUUAUACACAAUAAGAAAAGCAGACCGUAUUUUCCUUAUUGAGUCAGGUCAAUGUGUCGAUUACGGGCUACAUGAAGAACUGUUCAAGAGAUCACCAACGUAUAGGUUGAACGUGAUGCACCAGUCUGUUGCCGAGUAA